GGGCUCGCGCACACUAUAGCUGAAAGCGGAGCUGAAAUCAAAGCUGAAAGCUCAGCUGAUCUGAGAGCUUUUCUCAGGCAGAAUCAGCUUGCAGGUGCGUACAUUGUCGGCUGAUCUGAUUGCUGAAAGCUGAAAGCCAUAGACUCUCUCUCUCUUUAAACGUUACCAAAAUGUUGUCGUCGCGCGUGCGUAAAUUGUUGCUGUGCGAAAAUGUGCAAAUGAAAAAACUAUUAAAUGAAAGGAAAAUACGCAGAGAGAUUUGGGUGCACGAAAUUUUUCGGAAUCGCCCGGUACUUGGGGAAUUUCACCAUAUGUAUGAGCAGCUUCGAACGUUCCCAAUAAAAUUUGCCGAAUACGCAAGAAUGCAGGUGGAGACCUUUGACUAUAUUUUAAAUAAAAUUGAAUCGCGAAUUCAAAAGCAGCAGACAUUCCUUCGAGAACCAAUUGGACCCAAAGAAAGACUUUUUGUUACAUUGCGAUAUUUGUCGACUGGUAUUUCGAUGAGAGCACUUGCAUUCAGCUUUCGAAUAGCGGAAAGCACUUUGCGGAAAAUAAUUCCAGAAACAUGCUCAGCGGUUUGGGAAGAAUUAAAUUCGACUCACAUGAUCCCACCAGACUGUACAGAGUACAAAAAAAUCGCGCAUGACUUUUACGAAAAGUCAAGAUUUCCCAAUUGCAUUGGGGCUAUUGAUGGCAAACAUUGCCGAAUAAAAUGCCCAAAAAAUUCUGGCUCGGAUUAUUUUAAUUAUAAAAAAUUUUUCUCAAUUGUUCUUCAAGGCGUUGCCGAUUCUAACUGUAAAUUUAUUUUUAUUGAGUUGGGGUUUAAAGGUAGCCAAAGUGAUGGAGGAAUAUUUGCUGCAUCAAGAUUACAGCAGGCCAUCAUUCGAAAUGAAUUGGACAUUCCUUCGGAAGAAGUAUUGCCAAAUUCAGAUAUAAAAGCUCCCUUUGUUUUUAUUGGAGAUGAAGCAUAUCCGUUAACUAAAUAUCUAAUGAGGCCCUACCCAAGACGUUCAUUAACUGAACCACGAUCUGUUUUUAAUGAAAGACUUUCCUCUGCCCGGCGUUGUGUCGAAUGCGCAUUUGGCAUUUUAACAGAAAAGUGGCGCUUGAUGAAAAGAGAAAUAGAUGUCACUCCAAAAACGGCCAUUAUUUUAAUAAAAGCAAUGUGCCUUCUACACAAUAUAAUAAUUGAUGUUGAAAACAUUUACGAUUAUUUUUAUACUUUUGAGGGCGAGACUUCAACUUACAACUCAAACAAAGACCUUUCCAAAAACAAUAAUAGGUCAAAAAAUUAAGCUAAAGAGAUUAGGGAAUCAUUAUUGUAAUUUUUCCUAAAUAAAACAUAAAUCUCAUGUUAUUAUUAUUAUUUUGUAUAAUUUUUAUUAUUAUUAUUAAUCACACUUCUAUUUCACACUAUUAUUGUAAACUUUACUUUACAAAAAUGUAUCAUAUAUAUCAUAUAUAAUAUCAUACGUAAAUAAAAAGAACUCAAAUACA